AGGGCGCGUGAAGAUGCCGCUGAACACAAGAGAAAAUUGUGCCAAGUCUUGACUGAGAAAAAAGACACAAAGUUUCUCUGCUUGGACCUUGAAGUUCACGACCAAGAUCGCAAAACCAUCCUAGAGAUUGGAUACUUAAAAUUCACACUCAAAGAAGGCGAAAACCCGGAAUAUUUUCACGCCGUCGUCAACGAGGAGCUCCACAACCGCGAAGGUUUUGACAACAAAGAGAAAUUCAAAUUUGGCACGACAGUACGCAUGCCCUUGGAAGAAGCCGCUGAAGAGCUUAAGAAGGCAGUUGCAGGCUCAGAUGCUUUGUUGACUCACUCUGGAUACAACGAUAAGCAGUAUUUGACCGACAAUGGCAUCGACAUUGAAGAAAAACCCAUGUUCGAUACCCAGAAGUUGGCCCUUAAUAUACUUCAAGGUAGGAUCAGAUGCUGGGGCCUGAAGAGAAUGAUGGAUGAGAUGAGAAUCAGUUAUGACGAGAGUAUUCUCCACAAUGCUGGCAACGAUGCUCACUACACUAUGAUGGCUUUCAAAGCACUCGUCAAGCGAGCCAUGCCAGGACUUGCUUCUAAAUGACGUCAUAGUUCACGACGUGUCAUCAACUUGAUUAUAAUACGAUAGCCAUGACUUGGACCGAAUUCACUUGACCUAUUAUGUCAAUAAUGGUUGUAGAUUGUUUUAAUGAUUGUCCGUCCAAUAGACACUUAUAAACCAUGUGUCAUUCCCUA